ACACACACACUGGGAAAAUUAAACAAACAUGGACGAUGUCAUGUAGACAUAAAAAAAAAGAUACAUAAAAAGACUAGAUAACAAAAAAAAAAAAGACAUCAAAGACAUCAUCAAAAGCUCAAAGUUAAUUGAAAUGCAACAGACAAGCCCAACAGCUGCACCUUUAAGUCAAAUAAAUUAUUAAAAACCAUCAGUAUUAUUAAUGAAGGAUGAUCAAUAUCUUUUUAAAAACUCAUGGAUUAUUUAAAAUUUACAAUUGACAUUUAAACGUAUAAUUAAUUAAAAAUAAUAAUUAAAAAUAAAAUGCCAAGUUUAAGAAAAAAAGUUGUUGGUUUUAUGCGUCAUCUUUCAAUUAGAAAUUUGACUGCUACUGAUGGAAUUGAUCAGGAUGGAGUUACACAAAGUGGAUCGAAUUCACCACCAGCUGAAAUACCUGGUGGUUGUUUUGUUACGAAAUAUUUAAAUGGAUUAGAAAGUAAAUGUGAAGGUCCAAUAAUAUUACAUGGAAGAAAUCCAGAAGAAUUACCAUCAAAAGUCAUUGAUAAACUUGAUGAAAAUGAAGAAAUAUUUGCAGCAUUAACUGGACCAGAUCGUGGCUUAACAUCUGUUAAUUUAAAACAAAAACAUUUGAGUAUUAGUGAUCCAGAUGUUGAUUAUAUUGAUAUACUUGAAAAAAAUGAACAACAAACAACUGUUAACAACUCGAUGGAUUGUAUAUUUUCAAUCGCGCAUGAUCGUUGGUUAGUCAUACGAACAAAAGAUUCAUCACUGUGUCCAAUUGAUAAUAGUACUGUUAAAAUACGUGCUGCUGGUAAAUUAUAUGAACCAGAUAAAAAAUAUACAAUUAAAGAUGAUGAUGAUAUUGAUGAUAUUGAUAAAAAUAAUACAAUUAAAAAUGUAAAAUUUAUUGAUGAUAAUGAUAAUUAUAAAAAUAAUGUGCAUUUUAAUAUAGCAUGUAAUAAUAGUUUAAAAAUUAAAAAAUCAAUUAAUAAUUGUAAUAAUUUAAAAGAUGAUAAAAUACAUGAAUUAUUAUCAAGUGAAAGUACAAAUGAUAAUGAUCAUUCAGAUGAUGAUAAAAUUGAAUUAAUAAUGUCAAAAAUAAGUGAUGAUUUAUUGGAUAUUGAUGAUACUGAAAUGGAUUUUGAUAUAAUACCACCACCAAGUGAUUUUGCAACUGAUAUGAUACCACUGAGAAAAUCAAAAAGUGCACCAGCACCAUUUAAAAAAAAUCAACAAGAUUGUCCAAUGAUUGAUGAAAUUGCUGGUAUUGAAAAUUGGUUUAUUCCAAACGAUGCAGCAUAUGGUGUAGCAACAACACUUUAUGAAAAAAAUCCAACAAAUAAUACAAAUAAUGGUGAACCAAUUGCUGAUUGUUUUGCACUUGUUGCAAGACCAAAUGCUGCUGUAUUGGUGCUUGCUGAUGGUGUUAAUUGGGGUGCUAAAGCAUGUAUUGCAGCAAGAUCAGCUGUUCAUGGUUGUAUGGAAUAUUUAAAUAAAGCAUUAUUUUCAUCACAAGUUAAUUCACAAAUGACAACAACACGUGAUGUAUUUAUAGCAUUGUUGAGAUCAUUUCAUGCGGCUCAUUCAUUAAUAUUACAAGAACAAGGAAUGUUAACAACACUAACAGUAUGUGCAAUAUUACCAUUACCAAAUUAUAAUAGUAAUAGUAAUAAUUGUAAAAAAUAUAUUGCUUGUACAUGUAAUGUUGGUGAUAGUCUUGCAUAUGUUUAUUCUAAAAAAACUGGUGUUAGAGAAAUAACACGUGGUUCACAUGAUAUACAUUGUAUGCGUGAUAUGCGUGAUGCAUUAGGUGCACUUGGUCCAGUUGAUGGUUCAAAUCCAGAAUUAAAUAAUUUAACACUUGCUAUGACUGAAGUUGAAAAAGAUGAUAUUGUUUAUUUAACAAGUGAUGGUAUAUCUGAUAAUUUUGAUCCAAUUGUUGGUAAAUUUGCAAUAUUACCAAAUAAAAAAAAAAAUAAUAAUGAUACAAGACAAAAUAAUAAAAAUACAAGUGCUUAUCGUAAAACAGAUAAUUUAAGAAAAACAAAUUCAGCUGGUUUUAAUGAUACAAAUGAAUUACCAGUUGUUGAAGCAUAUCAAAGACAUGAGCUGACAUUAAUUAGAAUGGAAGAUUUAUUAAAUCGUGGUGUAUCUGGUGAAGGACCACCAUGUAAAAGUGCUAAAAAAUUAUGUGAACUUUUACUUGAUUUUGCAGUUAGAAUCACAGCAGCUAAACGUAGAAUAUUGGAAGAUACUGAUUUGUAUUAUUCACAGGCCAAAGAUGGUGAAUUAAUUCAAUUGACAAAACUUGAACAACGUUCAAGAAGAAAAAAAAUGCUGGACAUUAUGUCAAUGGUACCAGGUAAACUUGAUCAUGCAACUGUUGUUGCUUAUGUUGUUGGAUCUCAUGGUAUUAUUGAGAGUGAUUUUUAAUUAUCGCCAGGUGCGAUUAAACACAAUAUUAACAUAACAUGUACACGUAAAUUUAUUUUUACUUUAUAUAACAAUAUUACAAAUUUUAUUUAACACAAUGUUACUAUGUUCUUUUUGUUUUUUUUUUUUCUUUUUGUUAUCUACCUUUUUUUUAUACUCUGUUUUUUUUGUAAUGAUUAUAAACCAGUGUAAAACUAUAGUCUCAUAUUGUAAUGUAUUAUUAAUUAUUGUAUACUAACGUUUCAUUUGUUUGUCAAAAAAAAAAGAAAAAGAAAAAAUGAUAAUUCUGACGAGGAAUUGACCACAAAUGUGUCUUCAAAAAUGUCUCAUAUUUUUGUAGAUGUUCGAUAGUCUUUUCUCUAACGAGCA